AUCCGCACUCGAACUGCCGCAGCAAAAGGUUGGAAAAUUCGUGCAGGUCCAAGGAAAGCUGCGGAAAAUUUGUGGAAAACCAGCAGAAAGCCAAAAACUAUUAGUGCGGGGCGUGGACCUUAACUGAAAAGAAAAACUAUGCCUGGACUGCAUAUUAAAUAAACAUAGGAAGGACAACACGCACAGAAAAUGGAUUUAAAUGCCAGAGCCUGGCUGCUGGGCGGCAUCCUGGCGCUGCUAAUGAUUGCACAAGUCAGUGCAUCCGAAGACGAAGAGCGCCUGGUGCGUGACCUCUUUCGAGGCUACAAUAAACUCAUACGACCCGUACAAAAUAUGACACAAAAAGUUGGAGUAAGAUUUGGUUUGGCGUUCGUACAGCUAAUCAAUGUCAAUGAGAAAAAUCAAAUUAUGAAAUCAAACGUUUGGCUACGUUUGGUUUGGUACGACUAUCAGCUGCAAUGGGAUGAGGCUGACUACGGCGGCAUCGGGGUGCUCCGUCUGCCCCCGGAUAAGGUUUGGAAGCCGGACAUUGUGCUCUUCAAUAACGCCGAUGGCAACUACGAGGUGCGCUACAAGUCAAACGUGCUCAUCUAUCCCACGGGCGAGGUGCUCUGGGUGCCGCCGGCCAUUUAUCAGAGCUCCUGCACAAUUGAUGUCACCUAUUUUCCGUUCGAUCAGCAGACGUGCAUCAUGAAGUUCGGCUCCUGGACGUUUAAUGGCGAUCAGGUCUCGCUGGCGCUCUACAACAAUAAGAACUUUGUUGAUCUGUCCGAUUACUGGAAAUCGGGCACCUGGGAUAUUAUCGAAGUGCCCGCCUAUCUUAACGUAUACGAGGGCGACAGCAAUCAUCCAACCGAAACGGACAUCACCUUUUACAUUAUAAUACGACGCAAAACCCUGUUCUACACGGUCAACUUGAUUUUGCCCACGGUGCUGAUCUCAUUUCUCUGCGUGCUCGUCUUCUAUCUGCCCGCCGAGGCUGGCGAAAAGGUCACGCUGGGCAUUAGCAUUCUGCUGUCACUGGUUGUGUUCCUGUUGCUCGUCUCGAAGAUUCUGCCGCCGACAUCGCUGGUGUUGCCGCUGAUUGCCAAGUAUCUGCUCUUUACGUUCAUUAUGAACACGGUCUCCAUUCUGGUCACGGUCAUAAUUAUCAAUUGGAACUUCCGUGGGCCGCGCACACAUCGCAUGCCCAUGUGGAUACGUUCCGUCUUCCUGCACUAUUUGCCCGCCUUUCUGCUGAUGAAGAGGCCGCGCAAGACACGCCUCCGCUGGAUGAUGGAAAUGCCCGGAAUGAGCAUGCCCGCGCAUCCGCAUCCCUCGUACGGCUCGCCGGCCGAGCUGCCCAAGCAUAUCAGCGCAAUCGGCGGCAAGCAAUCAAAAAUGGAGGUCAUGGAGCUAUCGGAUCUGCAUCAUCCCAACUGCAAGAUCAAUCGCAAGGUGAACAGCGGCGCCGAGCUGGGCCUGGGCGACGGCUGUCGUCGCGAGAGCGAAUCCUCCGACUCUAUAUUGCUGUCCCCCGAAGCCAGCAAGGCCACCGAGGCGGUCGAGUUCAUAGCCGAGCAUCUGCGCAACGAAGAUCUCUACAUACAGACUCGCGAGGAUUGGAAGUACGUAGCCAUGGUCAUUGAUCGCCUGCAGCUGUACAUUUUCUUUAUUGUGACCACGGCCGGCACGAUUGGCAUUCUGAUGGAUGCGCCACAUAUCUUCGAGUAUGUCGACCAGGAUCGCAUCAUUGAGAUCUAUCGCGGCAAGUAGAGGAAUUAUCGCUGCAGCCAUUUUGCGGCAACUAAAAGGUUAAACAUUGCAACAUUGCAACAAUAAACGAACGUAAAUAAUACGAAACGAGUUAAGCGGAUUUUUAGAUUUUAAUAACAAAAUUUGGCACCUUCUAGGGCUCGCAGCAAAACAAGUUAAUAAAAAAUACAUUUUAAACAAAAUAUCUCAUUAAACGCUUCACAUUUAGGCAUCGAAUUCAUACAAAACAAAUCAAAAGCAAAUUAAUCAAUUUAAAAGGCAGGCCAUAAAGCAAACUAGUGGAAUUGUGAACAGAUCUUUUAUUUAAUAUACUUAUAAUGUGCGAGUUAUUGACUAAAUAAAUAAUAGAGUUGGUUUAGUUUAAGCGCAAUAAACUCUGAUAACUGGACGGUUUUCUCAGCUUGUUAUGUUUAGACACUUAAGUAAAGCUAUUUAAGAUUUCAACUAAACACAAUUUGUAAGUGCUUCACGCACAACAAUGAUAAGCAAAGAAAACUUCAAUGGAAAUAUUCAAAACAAAAGCAAACACACACCAAAAACCUGUAGACACAACAGCAAAGCACAGCCAAAAA